AUGGCCGAAGCGGUGGGUAGAGACCUGGCGGAAGCAAAAGCUUUACUGGCGCGGGCCACGCGGCCGAACGUGAAGCAGGUCCUCGCGUCGUUCAUCAAGACGCAGACCGCGCGCGAGCUCGAGCUGCUCACUGGUUCAGCGCAGGAGGGCGAGGACCCCUCCCUCAGCACCGAGUUCCCGCCCGACGGGCCUCCGAACCCGUGCCCGCCGGAGCCCAAGAAGAACGCCUCCGAUCCGGGCGACGCUUUACCGGUGGCGCCGCGCUUCAAGGUCGCGCCGUCGCAGCUGCCCAAGGACGUCGCGAGUCCCGCGCCGACGAAGCUCGUGAGGGCCGGCUCGGCCGCGCCCUCCACCGCAAAGACGACGUGGGUCGCGCCGGCCUACGGCUGGGAGCAGGGCGAGUACAACUCGCCCUGGGUCAACGUCCUCAUAAGCUUGGAGGGCGUCGGCGCUGCGAAGGAGCGGUGCCACUGCGACUUCGGCAUCGAUUCGUUCGAUUUGAGGGUGACGGACGUGCAAGGCACGAACUACCGAUUGGUCGUCGAAGCCCUGGACAAGGACAUCGUGCCCGAAGAAUCAAGACUCAUAGUGAAGAAGAAUAGGAUCACCCUGAAGCUGAAGAAGGUUAAAGGAGAAUACUCGUACGACCACUGGACGGACCUGAAGAAGAAGGGCGGCAAGGCGGCCAAGGACAAGUCGAGGAACAAAGAUCCGAGCGCGGGCAUCAUGGACAUGAUGAAGGACUUGUAUGAUAAUGGGGACGACAACAUGAGAAAAAUCAUCGGGGAGUCGAUGAUGAAGUCGCGGAACGGCGAGAAGCAGGACCCGAACGACAUUGAAUUACCGCAGUCCCCUGGUAUAGAUGACGACGACGCGACGGAACCGGACAAGGGGGGCUUCGAUCUGGACGAUACCAAGACAAAAAUGCCGCCGAUGCCGGAGGGCCGCCUGCCGGACCUGUCGAGCAUCCCGGGCAUGGAGGACUUCAAGAUGGACCCGACGAGCGAGUAGGCGAUUCGUGGGGGUCUAAGAAAUUACACAGUCUCACAGACGAUCUUCCCGACGGACUGGCCGCCCUGGAUCAGCGCGUGCGCCGCCGCCAGCAACUUC